AUGCUGAUCACCGUGUACUGCGUGCGGAGGGACCUCUCCGAGGCGGCCUUCACCCUCCAGGUCAGCCCUGACUUUGAACUCCGCAACUUUCGGGUCCUCUGCGAGCUGGAGUCCGGAAUCCCCGCUGACGACAUGCAGGUCAUCCACAUGGAGCAACUCCUCACUGACGACCACUGCUCCCUGGGCUCCUAUGGCCUCAAAAACGGCGAUGUAGUUGUUUUACUUGAGAAGGAGCAUGUGGGACCUCGGCCUCCAGGACGAACCCCGAAGCAGCCCCGGAUAGAUUUCAGUGGCAUCGCUGUGCCCGGGACGUCGAGCUCCCGCCAGCAGCAGCAGCAGCAGCAGCAGCAGCAGCAGCAGCAGCAGCAGCAGCAGCAGCAGCGCCCCCCAGCAGCCCAGCAGCCCCGCGGCCGGGCGGGCGGAGAGCAGGCGGCGCCUGCCCAGCGUCUGGACAGCCCCACCCUGAUCCGCAGCAUGCUGCUGUCCAAUCCUCACGAUCUGUCCCUGCUGAAGGAACGCAACCCCCGCUUGGCAGAUGCUCUGUUCAGCGGGGACCUUGAGACGUUUUCUCAGGUCCUGAUGGAGCAGCAAAGGGAAAGGACUUUGAGAGAGCAAGAGAGGAUUCGCCUCUACUCUGCCGACCCAUUUGAUCUGGAAGCUCAGGCCAAAAUAGAAGAAGAAAUCCGGCAGCAAAACAUUGAGGAAAACAUGAACAUAGCGAUGGAAGAGGCUCCUGAGAGUUUCGGACAAGUGGCCAUGCUCUAUAUUAACUGCAAAGUGAAUGGACACCCUCUGAAGGCUUUUGUCGACUCGGGUGCCCAGAUGACCAUUAUGAGCCAAGCUUGUGCCGACAGAUGUAACAUCACGAGGCUGGUGGAUCGACGAUGGGCUGGGGUGGCGAAAGGCGUGGGCACGCAGAGAAUUAUUGGGCGUGUUCAUCUAGCCCAGAUUCAAAUUGAAGGUGAUUUCUUACAAUGCUCUUUCUCUAUACUUGAAGAGCAGCCCAUGGAUAUGCUUCUAGGCCUAGACAUGCUCAAGAGACAUCAAUGUUGCAUUGAUUUGAAGAAAAACGUGCUGGUGAUUGGCACCACUGGCACACAGACUUACUUUCUUCCCGAGGGAGAAUUACCUUCUUGUGCUAAGAUAGUCAGUGGUACUGGGCAAGAAGAGUCUUCAGGCAAUGGAGCAGCAGAUGCUAUUAAACAUUCAUUCAUGGAAUCAGGACGGAAAAAGCAUUGA